CAAACUUAAAGCUUAAAUUCAUCAGCACCGACCACAUUAUUAUAUAAUAUUUAGAUUUUUUUUGAGAAGUUUAAGGCAUUAGAGGUCACGAGGCCCAUCAUGCGGAAGAGUCCCGGGAUUCUGAUUAUCACCAAAGCAAAACUAGCAGAUUUACCUAAACGUGUGACCGUAAUUGUUGUUGUCUUGAACUAAAAGGACAAAGGAGUCCCUUAAUUAACGGCGGGUUGCUUACCUCUAAAGUAAAAAUGUCGUCAGAAGAAUUCGAGAAGUUGCACGAAAUGUACAGGUCUCUGUAUGAAGAGCUGAAGCUAAUACCAGAGAGGGCUCUGAAAAGCCACGGAGAGGAGAGGAAGAAGCUGGUGAGGACAUUUGAUGAGAGACAUGGGGAGGCUGAGGAAGUGUUACAAGGAAUGGAAGAGGAGCUGCGUGGUGCCCCUUCUUCAUAUAAAAAUGCCAUGGGUGCCAAGCUGCGACUUUACCGCAGGGAUCUCGGUAAGCUGCAGAGGGACAUGAAAAACUCUGCAUCUGGGUUCAGCUCCUCUUCCCAAACUGUGCAGGGAAGCCAACAGAGCAUUUAUUCAUCACAAAAUCAACAAAGUACACACUUGCAGUCCCAGAGAGCUAUUCUACUCCAGGGGACAGAGUCUCUGAACAAUGCCAGCCAGAGUAUCGAGCGAAGUCAGCGCAUCGCUGCAGAGACGGAUCAGAUCGGCACAGAUAUUAUUGAGGAGCUGGGGGAACAGAGGGAGCAGCUGGACCGAACCAGAAAUAGGCUGGAAAAUACAGGAGAGAACCUCAGCCGGAGCAGAAAAGUUCUUCGUGCCAUGUCACGACGGCUGAUGACGAACAAGCUGCUACUGGCUGUCAUCAUUUUAAUGGAGCUGGCCAUUCUGGGUGCUGUGAUUUACCUUAAGUUCUUCCGGAAAUAAAGAAAACAAAAUCAUCUGCAGACAAGCUGAGCUCUGAAUCGAGAGUAAACCCUGAGGACAUUCUACCACUGUCUCUUUCAGCUAUACAGUAGCAGUAAUACUCUUCUGUUGUUCCUGUGACUGCAUUGAGGUAGUGAACUUUUUCUAAGAGGGGGUUUGUAAUCUAUGGGACAAGGAUGGAAAAAAAUGUGAAGCUGUUAAUGGACCAAGCCCACAGAAACUCUCUCUGAACUGAUAUUUGCACUUUAUCAGCUGUCUCUUAAUGCCAGUGAUGUCCUGCAGGAUGAUGAUCUGGACAUGUGCACUGAACCCGCCUGUGUUUAGACUGAGGAAAAAGGAUAUCAAAAGAUUUGAGAAAACAAUAAACUGACACCAGCUGAUUGUGUUUUUCAAGCGUUGUGCUCGUUUUUCAAAUGAAAGCAAAGCCUAAUCGAUUAGAAUCAGUUAGGCUUUGAAUGGAGAGUCUUCAUACAGCUGCUUUGUUCCUUCGCCAACUACAUCUAAUCACUGUACUCUCACAGGAGUCCUUAUUUAAAAGUAUUGAUGUAAUUAAAUCGGAUGUUUGACCUCAGAGUGCAUUGUGUCAGAUGUUUCCUCAGACGUGAGCUAAAGUAAUUUAAAAAAAAAUUUAAAAAAGGAAAA